GGAAGUUUCCUCCUGGGUUUUUGGGGGGAGUUAUUUUUCUGUUUCUUUUCUUCCAUUUUCUUUCACAUAUAGCUUGUUCAGGUUUGAUUUGUAGCGCGCAGAGCUUCCCUCCCUUCUCUCUUAUAUGAACAAGUUCCCACGGUCAUUUUCUGUUACGAACUGUGCGACGUGGCUCGCGAUGGAUUUAAGUAUAUAGAAGAGAGGAACGAUCUAAAAUCACUAAAUUCGUGACAUUGAAUUAUCCACACGUACUGUCUCUUGCCCAGCAUAUUUUAUUAAUCUGUUUUAUAUCGAUGAUGGUUUGCCCUUAAUAAGGAUAGAAAACGAGUUUGCCUGUUACAGACUUACUUAGGAACGGAGGGCGGCGAACCAAAUAUAAUUGAAUUCUCUUUGGAUGCCCCUGAAUUGGAAUGUGUGAAAGCUGAAGGCGCAGCAUGGUCGGUAAUUAACCUCUAUUGUGAGAAGGUGAGAGAAGUAGUCUCUUCAUUCCUUUGGACUUUCCUGGAGAUCUGUCCCCUUUUUUUCUCCUUGGUAUAGGAUAUCAUGUCUCAGGAAAGUCAGCAUGGGAAAUGGACAUUGUCCAGUAGUGAAGAUAGUAUGGAUGAGUUAGCUGAUUCUGACAAGCCUUCUACCUCUGUGAGGCAGAGAGGUCAGGAAAUUAAAGAGAGUGGCCACUCAUGCUCAGAGGCCAGGAAAGCUGCUCACAAGAGAAAAAUGUCGUCUCUGACAUAUGCAGCUGGAAACUUUUCACAGGAGGAGGCCUCAGAUCAGAAAUUUGCCCGGGAAGAUUUUGGCUGGUGUCUUUCCAGUAGUGAAGAUGAGGAUCUUAAAACCUCUAGUGGAAAUAGAGAUGCAAUAACUACAGUCAGAAAAGUAGAAAGUGGUACACCCUUGGAGCUACCAACAGCUUGUAAGAUUUCAUCAAGUCACAAGUCUGCAGACCCAUCUGAAGUGCAGGACAAAUGGGAUCUAUUGAAUGGGCAGAACCCUUUCAGAUUCUUCCUUACCAAAGUCAAAGGAAUUAAGUCAAAGUACAAUUCUGGAGCCCUUCAUAUAAAAGAUAUUUUAUCUCCUCUUUUUGGGACUCUUGUAUCUUCUGCUCAGUUUAAUUAUUGUAUAGAUGUGGAAUGGCUGGUCCAACAAUAUCCAAAGGAAUUCAGGGACAAACCUUUAUUAAUAGUCCAUGGAGAGAAGCGAGAAUCCAAGGCUGAGCUACAUGAAGAUGCUCACCCAUAUAAAAAUGUUCGUUUAUGCCAGGCAAAAUUGGAUAUUGCCUUUGGAACGCACCACACGAAAAUGAUGUUGUUGAAUUAUGAAGAAGGCCUUCGAGUGGUGAUACAUACAUCUAAUCUUAUUGAUGAUGAUUGGUACCAGAAAACACAAGGAAUAUGGCUAAGUCCUUUGUAUCCAAGAUUGCCUCCUGGGAGUGCUGAUUCUGAUGGUGAAUCUCAUACAAAUUUUAAGUCAGAUCUAAUAAGCUAUUUGAUAUCUUAUAAAUCUCCUAGUCUGAUGGAGUGGGUUGAAAUAAUUAAGCAACAUGAUCUUUCAGAGACAAGAGUAUAUCUUAUUGGGUCAACUCCAGGUCGAUAUCAAGGUAAUGCAAAAGAAAAAUGGGGUCAUCUUAAACUGAGAAAGCUUCUGAAGGAACAAGCAACACAAAUACCUGAUCAAAAUUCUUGGCCUAUAAUAGGACAAUUCUCAAGUAUUGGAUCAAUGGGAGUUGAUCAGUCCAAAUGGCUGUGUUCAGAAUUUAGAGAAAGUUUGGGGAGUUUAGGAAGCAAUUUGAAGAAUCCUCCAAAUCAAAUUCCUAUCCAUCUGAUUUACCCAAGUGUUGAAAAUGUGAGACAGAGUUUAGAAGGUUAUCCAGCUGGAGGUUCUCUUCCAUAUAGUAUGCAAACUGCACAAAAGCAGCUUUGGCUACACUCUUAUUUCCACAAAUGGUCAGCUGAAACUUCAGGUCGUAGUCAUGCAAUGCCACAUAUUAAAACUUACAUGAGAGUAUCCCUGGAUUUCCAGAAGAUUGCAUGGUUUCUAGUGACAAGUGCCAAUCUUUCCAAGGCUGCUUGGGGAGCUUUUGAGAAAAAUGGCACCCAGCUGAUGAUCCGAUCAUAUGAACUAGGAGUUCUGUUCCUGCCUUCAGAGUUCGGCUUGAAUACAGGAUAUUUCCAAGUAAAGGAAAGCAUGUUUGCUAAUACAUCAAUAUUGUCAUUUCCUGUUCCUUAUGAUCUGCCCCCUGAAAAGUAUGAAAACAAAGACCGUCCAUGGAUUUGGAAUAUUCCUUACACCAAAGCUCCCGAUACACAUGGCAAUAUGUGGGUUCCGAAAUGAAUAGUUUAAAGUAAUUCUGAAUCUUUACUCGGAAUCAUUUGAAUACCUCCCUGCCAACUCAAAUAUGAGGAUUAUUACAUAAUAUUUUUCAUCACUGUCGUAACUGUCUGGUCACUAAAUGAGGCAAAUGCUAAACAAGUUCCACCUGUAAAUUAGAAAAUUUAGAAAUGGCCAUGUCAGAUAGUUGUCUUUUUUAGCCACAAUAACUUUAAUCUUUUUGGGGAGUUUUGUGAAAUUUUCAACGUGAUAAAAGAGAAAAUUUAUAAAAAAUUGAAAUAAAGUAUCCAGCUGUUAGCAAUGAAAAAUGAGCAUUUGGUAUAUUUUAAUAUUACUGUGUUUGUGAGUUACUUAGACAAGUCAAUAAUAGAGCAAGAAACAUUCAAGUCACUGGGAUUGCUCAUGAAUACAUCACAUAAUUGAUUCAAGAUAUUCAACUAUAUUAGAAUUUUUGAGGGGGGGGAAACAGUACUUUCUUUUGGCAGUAUUUUGCUUUUAUAACAUUGAACUUUAUGGUAAAUAUUAAACAAAUUUUGGAGAUUCAGUGAAUCUUCAGAUACUACAUGUGGCAUUUAAAAAAAAUUGUUUCCAUAACAACUUAGAAUUCAUAAAAAUCUGAAAUCUGAAAACCUUCAAGUUUAGUGUAAUUUACACUAAGGUAGUUAAAUCAUUUAGAAUAAGAGUUUAUGGAACUUACAAAUGCUGUGCUGUACUCAGAGAAAAAAAAAGAACCAUAAAAUACUCCCAUUAUAUUUCAAUAACCAAUGUUUGGGGGAAAACAUUAUAGAAAAAAUCAUUUAAGUAGCAAAUAACAGACUGUAGAUGAGUUGGAGAUUAUAAUAUUAUAAAUGUAUUUUAUACGUGUAUAUUACUUUCCUUUUUUGUUUCUGCUUUUCCUGUUUUUGUAUGUAAUAACUAAUGUUUGAGCUGUUUGAUACUGGGGAAAGUUGAACAUUAAGUGUACAGAUCAUUGUGAUAUGUAAAAAUGGGUAGGACUUCAGUCAUAUCGAUGUGACCACCCCUUGACUUAUUGCAAAUACCCGCUGCAUAGAUCUUCUAAUCAAAGCCCAAGGUUUGAAUACUUUGCUAUUUACAUUAAUGCAGAAAACUAUUCUUCUCGUUAC